AUGUUUGCUAACUUUUUUUUUUUUUUUUAUAAAUUGAAAGAUUCAUAUGGAAAAAGUCCAAUAUAUUAUAUAAUUGAAAAUAAUGAUCAAAAAGUUUUAACAAGAUUAUUGGAUUUUUCAAUUUCCAAGAAAAAUUUAACAAUAGACUCCACUAUGUUAUCUGAUUUAAUAUUCAAUUGUAUCGUUUUUUGA